CUUCUCCCCCCACCACCAUCACUUCGUCUCGCUGCUACCACCAUCACCGCGAUGUCCGCUCUGUACGCCUGCACCAAGUGUCACCAGAGAUUCCCCUUCGAGGAGCUCUCCCAGAGCCAGCAGCUGUGCAAGGUGAGGAGUCUGGAAGCAGAGUUUUGGAUCAACUGGAGUUUGAAGAUGAGAGAACUGAGGACCUUGCAAUAGCGUGAAGCCAUGGAUGAGGAUCUCGGCAGCAGCUAGGGACUGUCGCAUCGCUCACCCUGUUGUCAAGUGCACCUACUGCCGCACCGAGUUCCAGCAGGAGAGCAAAACCAACACCAUCUGCAAAAAGUGUGCACAGAACGUGAAGCUGUAUGGCACGCCCAAGCCGUGCCAGUACUGUAACAUAAUCGCGGCGUUCAUCGGCACCAAGUGCCAGCGCUGCACCAACUCGGAGAAGAAGUAUGGGCUGCCCCUCGCCUGCGAGCAGUGCAAGCAGAGGUGCGCCUUCGACCGCAAGGACGACAGCAAGAAGAAGGUGGACGGGAAGCUGCUGUGCUGGUUGUGCACGCUGUCAUACCGCCGCGUGUUGCAGAAGGCCAAAGAGCAGCACCGAGGGCUGGGGGCAGCGCAGCACCGCUCCUCCCAGGACGAGCGGCAUGGGGCGCGCAAGGAACAGCACACGCACCGACACCACAAGUCUCCUGGCCCUGCCUCCCAGAACGAUCCCCCGCAGAAGAAGCCCAAGGUGGAGAACAAACCCAGCAAUGGAGACAGCGUAUCCGGUGACGCCACCAUGGACUCGGCGAGCUCGGACAACUUCAUCCUGAUCACUCAGCUCAAGGAGGAGGUGGCUCUGCUGAAGAAGCAGCUCCAGCAGAAGGAGGGGCUCAUCCUGGAGAGAGAUCGCAAGCUCACAGAGAUCAAGGCCGACUUCCAGUACCAGGAGAAUCUGAUCCGAACCAAGAUGAACAACAUGGAGCGCACGCACAAGGAAUCCAUUGAGCAUCUCCAGGUGAAGAACCGGGAACUUCUCAAACAGGUGUCAAGCCUUUCUAAGGGAAAGAAGCCAGAGAGGACCCUGACUAGCACCUCCUCGUCCCCCUAACCUCCAGAUCCCCAUGACUCGUUCUCACUUCAUACCCUUCCCCAUGUCACCCCUGGGUUUUAUAUAAAGAGGUAUGUACUGAA